AUUUGCCGCAUUUGACUUGCACGGUGGUCGCUAGGCGGAGUGCGAGAUCUAUUUACGGUGCGAGAAAAAAAAAGGUAGGGGUUUGACAUUAGCGGGCUACCGUACCUCCAGCGGCGGCGGGUUUAUCUACAUGAGUGAUGUUUGUUAAUGCUAAGCUAAUGCUGGAAUAUACAUUUUUACAGUAAGAGUCGUCGUUUUUGCCGCCAUGGAGAGUACAAAUGCCAAAUACGUGUCCCAGAAAAUCAGCAAAACGAGGUGGAGGCCGGUUUCUUCCUCCGCUUUGCAGCAGCCACACAUCUUUGCGACCGGUUCGUGGGACAACGAGGAUAAUAAGAUCUCCAUUUGGUCCAUUGGGGAUCAUGGGCUCCCUGGCAUGGAGGAUGAAUUGGAGGGCGAUCCUCAGCUCUUAUGUGAAUAUCGGCACGAUGGUGAUGUUCUGGACCUUCAGUUUCUGGAUCAAGACAGAAUUGUCACAGCCUCGUCAACUGGAGCGGUGACCAUCUUCCACCAUCAUCAAAACAGUCAGACGAUAUCUGUUGCUCGGCAGUGGGCGAGGGCGCAUCGUAACCCUUGUGACAAUGCGCCCUGCACCGGCGUCGUGUGCAACAGUCCUGAGAUUGUCACAGUCGGUGAGGAUGGGAGGAUAAUCCUGUUCAGAGCCGACCAGGAAGGAGCAGUUCGAAUCAUCGAGAACGCUGACAGCAAUUCGAUCCAUGCGGUGACUUUCCUGAGGACGACAGAAAUUCUUACAGUGAACUCCAUCGGCCAACUCAAGCUGUGGGAUUUCAGACAACAGAGCAGCUCACCGUCACAGAUUCUCUCCCUGACCGGGGACAGAGUCCCACUGCAUUGCGUGGCCAGACACCCAAACCAGCAGCACAUUGUGGCCACAGGAGGCCAGGACGGCAUGCUCUGUGUCUGGGACGUGCGACAAGGCAACACCCCUUUCUCUCUUAUAGAGGCACACUCUGCUGAAAUGUGGGAAGUCCACUUCCACCCCACCAACCCAGACCACCUGUUCACAUGCUCGGAGGACGGCUCGCUGCUCCACUGGGAGACAGCCUCGCACUCAGACAUGCCCUCCUUCUUGCAAGGUGGCAGGAACAACAGCAUGAUCUCUCGCAGUGCCAUGGCCCCCGCCGGUGGGAACCAGUCCCUCAUCAGCGCCUGGCUGGCCGGAGACUCUGGGAAAGGCCGUCUGGAGACGACGCACAUGCUGCCUAGUCAGACGCUGUCUGUCAACAGUCUGGAUGUUCUGGGACAGUGCCUCGUCUGUGGGACUGACGAAGAGGCUAUUUUUGUCAACAGACAGGUCCCGGUUUAGAUGAGUCAUUAGUGUGCAGUGAAAGUACAUGAAUUAUUUGAUGAGAUUUGGACAAAUAAUUGGACUCACACGUUAUCUGGUUGCCAGUGCGAUCACACAGAAGUUAGGGUUUAUGUCUGCACUGAUGUUGCAGGAAUAGAAUAUGAUUAAAAAUAUACAGGUGACAUGUUACCUGUAUAUGUUUAUUGUAUAAAAAUGCAUACACUCUUCUUUUACACAUUUAUGAUUCAGUUCAAGCAAGUGAUGGAUCUUUAAUCACAGCCUUGCAGUGUGACAUUUUUCUGUGUUGCUAAAGUUUUUGUAAAUUGUUAAAAGCAGAAUCAUUCAGCUCCAAAGCACUUUUUGUCAAGAGGUCGUUUAAAACUUGGUUCUCAAAUAAAAAGGAUUUUGGAUAAAUGAA